CACCGCUGGACUGCCGGCGCGGGACGGCUGGCCAGGGCUGCGGCGGCGCUGAGCGAGGCGAGGCGGGGGCCGCGCGCAAGAUGCUCUGAGGCCGGCCUCUAGGAGGAGCCGGCCUCGGGACCAGCUCGCCGGUGGAACACAGAUUUGGCCUCAAGUUCGGCUCGCACCUGUGAACGCGCGCGCACGCAUGCCCGCGGCUCCCUCGACCGCCCGCGUUGCAGCAGCAUCUUUGCAAAUGUGUGCUCCCCAAAGUUGACCGUCAUUUCAAAAAUGAGUGACGAAACCAUCCCCGAGGAGGUCUCCUCUCUCCCUGCCCAAAGUCAGCAUUACUUCGACCGAUUCUCAGAAGAUGACCCCGAGUACCUGCGCAUCAGGAACAUGGCUGCAGACCUGCGCCAAGACUUCAACCUGAUGGAGCAGAAGAAAAGAGUCACCAUGAUUCUGCAGAGCCCCUCUUUCAGGGAGGAGCUGGAGAGUCUCAUCCAAGAGCAGAUGAAGAAAGGAAACAACUCCAACAUCUGGGCCCUUCAGCAGAUUGCAGAGUUCAUGGCCAGCACUGCUCCCUCCGUCUUCCCUACUUCGCCCUUGAACCUUUCCACGGUGGCACCUAUCAAUGACCUCCAUGGCACUGACUCUGUGUCCCUGGCCAAAGGGGAGAGGCUCAUGCGCUGCAAAGUUGGCAGUGUCUAUCGGCUGUUGGACCUUUACGGCUGGGCACAGCUCAGUGGCACCUCAGUCACACUGAGAGUAAGCAAAGAGCAGGAACAUUUCCUGGUUUGUCCUGAGGGCCUUUCCUGUCACGAAGUUACAGCAUCCAGCUUGAUUAAAGUGAAUAUCCUGGGGAAGGUGGUGGAGCAAGGCAGCACCAGCUUUCCGGUGGACACCCAAGGAUUCGGCCUGCACUCCGCCAUCUAUGCAGCUCGGCCUGACGUGAGAUGCAUCAUCCACCUGCACACACCAGCCACAACUGCAGUCUCUGCAAUGAAACAGGGUCUCUUGCCAAUUUCCCAUGAUGCACUGCUGGCAGGUGACAUGGUAUAUUUUGACUUCAAUGGUGAAAUGGAGGGAGAGGCAGACAGAAUUGAGCUGCAGAAAUGUCUUGGACCCACCUGCAAGGUUUUAGUGCUCCGGAAUCAUGGCCUGGUGGCUCUUGGAGAUACAGUGGAAGAAGCGUUCUAUAAGGUCUUCCAUUUGCAGGCCGCUUGUGAAGUCCAGGUCGCCGCCUUGUCUAGUGCUGGUGGACCUGAGCACCUCAUCCUCUUGGAGGGGGAGAAACAGAAGCUGCGUGACGCGGGGCUGGUCCGGUGGGCUGGCAGCACCUUUGGCCCUAUGCAGAAGAGCCGCCUGGGAGAGCAUGAAUUUGAAGCACUAAUGAGGAUGCUGGACAAUCUAGGCUACCGGACUGGCUACGCCUACCGUUACCCGUUCGUCCAGGAGAAGACCAAGCACAAGAGCGAGGUGGAGAUCCCGGCCACCGUCACUGCCUUUGUCUUUGAAGAGGAGGCGGGCCCCAUUGCCACCCUCCGGCAGCAUGCCCAGAAGCAGCAGAAAGAAAAGACCCGCUGGCUGAACACCCCCAACACCUACCUGCGUGUGAACGUGGCUGAGGAUGGCCAAGGAAGCGCCGGCAGCCAGAGAACGAAAGCCACGUGGAUGAAAGCAGAUGAUGUGGAGAAAUCCAGUAGCGGAAUGCCAAUCCGAAUUGAAAACCCAAACCAAUUUGUGCCUCUCUAUACAGACCCGCAAGAAGUCCUGGAAAUGAGGAACAAGAUCCGAGAACAGAAUCGCCAGGAGGUAAAGUCGGCUGGGCCCCAGUCCCAGCUGCUGGCCAGCGUGAUUGCAGAGCAGAGCAGAAGCCCGUCUACCGAGAGUCAUUUGGCCGAUGGAGAGAUGAAAGACGAGUCCCACGUGGAGGCCGCUCCUGAGCCUGAGCCCCCCAACCCCUUCAGCCAGCUAACUGACCAGGAACUGGAGGAGUACAAGAAGGAGGUGGAAAGAAAGAAGCUGGGUCUUGACGGUGAAAAGAAGGAUGUCGGACCAGGGGAAGAGGUGACAUCCCCUGAAGAAUCCACAGUCACCCCUACCGAACAGAGCCCCACAAAGCCUGGGUCAAGGACCUCCUCCGGGUCUCCCUCUAAGGCUUCAGAAGGCGGGAAGAGAUCGGGUGGCGCCCAGGUGCCCGCUGAUCCUGCCACAGCUGACAAGGCCGAGCCAGAGGUGGUGGUCAACGGGAAAGAGGAGGACCGAACUGUUGAGGAGGACCUCAGCAAAGGGAUCAGCCAGCUGACCACCAACACAGACACCACCGAGGGCCCAAAGGACAAAACCGAGUCGGUCACCAGUGGGCCCAUGACCCCCGAAGGGUCCCCUUCCAAGUCCCCUUCCAAGAAGAAGAAGAAGUUCCGGGCCCCCUCCUUUCUGAAAAAAAGCAAAAAGAAAGAGAAGGCAGAAUCCUGAGGCCUUCCCUUUUCCCACGCACCGCCUCUUCUUCUCUCCUCUUCUCCCCUUCCUCUUCUCGCCUUCUGCUGCUCCCUCCAAUCUUGCUGCGACACCACGAGGAUAAUGGGGAAGACUUCCCCUGGCAACAGCACGUCUUUCAAAAGUACCCCGAAGAGGAACGCGGCCCAGGAUGGUGUUCCUCUUGGAGUUGCCUUGUUGAGCCCUCGGGGAAGACGAGAAGCAUCUAAGGCAUCUUCCCUCUUUCACUAAAGUCUGUGAAUCCACAGCUACAGCCACACUGGAGAAAAAUAUUCUGGCAUAUUAAGUUCAGCGUGGGAGGGAGAGGGUGUGUGUCACAUUACCAUUAGCCACUUCUAGCCUGUUGCUCUCUUGCACGAAGGUGUCAAGCCGUGGAGUGCUGUUCCAAGGGCUACUUGAAGGCGCACGGGUGGUCCUGAAGCAGGAGGCGGCCUGCACCCAUGGGGGCCUGGGGUGGUUUUUACACUGGUUAAGUGGCCACAUCUGCACCGAUGAAAAUUGCUCUGAACUUCAGAAGCAUCAUGACAUUUUCACCGCAGCACGGCUGCCAGAGAAACCUGAAAUGUAUUGCGGGGGAAUCUGACCAGGGAGCCUUCCAGCACCAUCGAUCUCCUUUAUCUCCAACAGGGUGACCCCAAAUGCCUUCAGAGCAUCAGGUGUUGUAUUGUAAGGCAGCACACGACUGGUGCGUGGUC